AUUUCCAUUCGAUUUCUCCUGUCAUUCCAGCGUUCAUCAUUGCAUUUACGAAAAUACAAAUUCUUACAAUUAUCACCAUGGCACCACAAAGAUACUCCUCAGAUAGCAACGAUGCUUCCCCAUUGGGAGAACCCCUCAAAUUCCAAUUCUCCGGUCGAGUCGCCAAAAAUCGUUUCUUGAAAGCCGCAAUGACAGAGCGUCUCUCAUCUUGGGAUCCCAAAGAUUUCAAAGCUCGGGGUAUACCCUCCAAGAACCUCAUCAACGUCUACAAGCGAUGGGGUGAAGGCGGCUUCGGGAACAUCUUGACAGGAAAUGUCAUGAUCGAGUAUGAUCAGCUGGAAGCUAUGGGCAACCCAAUCAUACCUCGUGAAGCAGAGUUCUCUGGGCCACGAUUUGAAGCUUUCCAGGAGCUAGCAACUGUGGCAAAAGCUCAUGGCUCUUUGAUUGUUGCUCAAGUCAGCCAUCCAGGACGACAAGUCCAGAAUAGAAUCCAGAAGAACCCUAUCUCGGCGUCCGAUGUUCAGCUCGAAGGUAACGUGAUGGGCAUGGAAUUCGCCAAGCCACACCAGGCCUCUCAAGAAGAAAUCAAUAACGUCAUUGAUGGCUUCGCUCAUGCAGCCGAAUUUCUCGAAAAGGCUAGCUAUGAUGGAAUCGAGCUACAUGGCGCGCACGGAUAUUUGCUGGCGCAGUUCCUAUCACAAUCUACCAACCAGCGAACCGACAAGUAUGGCGGCUCUCUCGACAACAGAUUACGCCUCAUCCUUGAGACCACUGACGCCAUUCGUAAGCGAGUCUCCAAGUCAUUUAUUGUGGGCAUCAAGAUCAAUUCGGUUGAGUUCCAGGACAAGGGCUUCUCGCCUGACGAAGCGAAGGAGUUAUGCCAAGCUUUGGAGAAGGCUGAGUUUGAUUUCAUCGAGCUCUCUGGCGGAACAUACGAGAGUUUGGCGUUUGAGCAUAAAAGGGAAAGCACAGUCAAGCGAGAAUCAUUCUUUAUUGAGUUUGCAGAGGAAAUCGUCAAGCCGCUCACGAAAACAAAGACCUACGUGACAGGUGGUUUGAAAACCGUUGGUGCGAUGGUGAAAGCUCUUGAUACUGUUGACGGCGUUGGAAUUGCGCGACCAGCGUGCCAGGAGCCUCACCUUCCUAAAGAUAUGUUGGAGGGUAGGGUCACAGGAGCUAUUAAGAUGAAGCUCGAUGAUAAUAAUUUUGGGCUGACGAACGUUGCGGCUAGGACGCAGAUUAGACAGGUUGGGAAGGAUCAAGAGCCAAUUGACUUAAGUGUGCAGGAGAAUGUUAAUGGCUUUAUGAGGGACAUGGAGGCGUGGGGAAAGAAGAUGGGGAGUGACAAGGAGAUGAAUGAGUAUGGGUAUGUUGAUCUCAGUGGGCCUGCGAAGCCGUAUGUCUCAACUUAAAAAGUGUGAAAAGAACUGUGGUAUAGAUCAAUUUUUCAUCAGAGAUAGAGAUAAA